GGCGGCUCCUCCUCCUCUCCGGGCCCGGCCCGGCCCCGUGCUGUCCCGUCCCUCCCGCUGUCCCGUCCCUCCCGCCUGGGCCGCGGGAGGGAGACCACCGCCAGCGAAUUACCGUGCCACGGCGCUCGGGCUCUGCGCCUGUUGUGGUUGGGUUCCUUCCCCCACACCCUCCCUCCAGAUCCUCCUCCUCCUCCCCCUCUCCCCCCCUCCCUUUUUUUUUUUUUUUUUUUUAGUUAACGUUUAAAUACUUUUUUUCUUCCUCCUUUUUUUUUUGCGUGGCGGUGGGUUCUCCUCUCUCUUCUGCUCUGUUCACCUGCGAUCAACGGAUGCAAGUCACACACGCUCCCUCUCUCUCUCUCUCUCUCCAAGUUAGCAAAGAACAAAAAAAAUCCCAGCUCGGUUCAGGAUAAGAGCGGGAGCGGAGGGGUGUGCGCGCUGUGCAGGGCAAAGCCGGCAAACCGAGGGAGGACACGGCCGGCGGCUCCGCGCACUCCUCCUCCCGCCGCGCCCCAGGAAGCAGCAAGUUUGCCGUGCACCUGUUUGAGCAGCUCGAAUCCCCGUUACCAUCAAGCGAUUGGCAAAAGGGAGAAAGUUUGUCGCCGGCGGGGUCUCCGAUCUCUUCGUUCACCUCUCAAUUUUCUUCUCCUCCUCCUCUUCCUCCUCCUCUUUUUUUUUUUUUUUUCUUCUUUUUUUUUUUUUUUUUAGCACGGCGGUCGCUACCUAGAUACAAACGGGUUUGCCUCGCUCGUUCCCCAUCCUCCCGGGCUCCUUCCUCUAUGUUUGAUUCUUUUUUCACUCCUGGCGCCGGUGGAAAAUAAAAAAAGCUACUUGAAUGUACAGCAUGAUGAUGGAGACGGACUUGCACUCCCCCGGUGGAGCCCAGGCCCCCACGAACCUCUCGGGGCAGACCGGAGCGGGAGGCGGCGGUGGUGGCGGCGGCGGGGGUAACAAAGCGAACCAGGACCGGGUCAAGAGACCCAUGAACGCUUUCAUGGUGUGGUCGCGGGGCCAGCGACGGAAGAUGGCCCAGGAGAACCCCAAAAUGCACAACUCGGAGAUCAGCAAACGCCUGGGGGCCGAGUGGAAAGUCAUGUCUGAGGCCGAGAAGAGACCGUUCAUCGACGAGGCGAAACGGCUGCGGGCGCUGCACAUGAAGGAGCAUCCGGAUUAUAAAUACCGGCCACGGAGGAAGACCAAGACCCUGCUCAAGAAGGACAAGUACUCGCUGGCCGGGGGGUUGCUGAGCGCCGGCUCGGCCGGAGGAGGCCCAGCCGGCGUUGGCGUGGGUAUGGGAGUCGGCGUCAGUCCCGGCGGCGUCGGGCAGCGGCUGGAGAGCCCCGGCGGCACGGCUAGUGGCGGCUACGCGCACAUGAACGGCUGGGCCAACGGCGCCUACCCGGGCUCGGUGGCGGCGGCAGCAGCGGCGGCGGCGAUGAUGCAGGAAGCGCAACUCGCCUACAGCCAGCACCCGGGCAGCGGGGGACACCCGCACCAUCCGCACCCCCACCACCCGCACCACCCGCACAACCCGCAGCCGAUGCACCGCUACGACAUGGGCGCCCUGCAGUACAGCCCCAUCUCCAACUCGCAGGGCUACAUGAGCGCCUCGCCCUCGGGCUACGGCGCACUGCCCUACGGCUCCCAGCCCCACCAGAACUCGGCGGCAGCGGCGGCGGCGGCGGCAGCGGCGGCAGCCGCCUCCUCGGGAGCACUGGGCGCCCUAGGCUCGCUGGUGAAAUCAGAGCCCAGCGUAAGCCCGCCCGUCACCUCGCACUCGCGGGCCCCGUGCCCCGGGGACCUGCGGGAGAUGAUCAGCAUGUACUUACCAGCCGGGGAAGGUGGGGAUCCGGCGGCCGCCGCCGCCCAGAGCCGGCUCCACUCUCUGCCCCAGCACUACCAGAGCGCCAGCACGGGGGUGAAUGGCACCGUCCCCUUGACGCAUAUCUGAGACCUCGCAGGCACCGGGAGCGGCGGGCGCGGGUACCAGCCGUGCCACCGGCCCCUACCCCAGGCCCGGGCCGUCCCGCAGGACUGCGCUCCCGCCGCUGCCACUGCACGUUCAGCCCCUGGCCGCUCCUGCCCCUCUCCCGGGGUCGCCCUUCUUAUUUUUGCCUUUUACUCCCCUUUCCUCCUGCCCUUCCCCAAAUUUUUUUCUUUUUUUUUUCUUCAUUCCUUUUUGUACAGAAAUGUUUUGAUGUUCUUGUAAUAAUAAUAAUAAUAAAUAAUAAUAAUGAGAGAGAAAAAGGUAACGAUUGCUUUACUUACCUUUUUUUUAGAUGGACUAGUUUAUGAAACUAGUUUUAGACUCAACUGAGUUUUAUCAAGACUUUUGUACAGUAUUUAUCAUUCACGCAAGAGACAUAGAGCGUUUAUUUGCAAAAGAGAAGAGAGAGAGAGAGAAAGGGAAAGAAAAAACUUUAAAACAAAUAAACAAAAAACACCCAAGCCUCGACUACGAAAAGACAAAAAAAUAUCAAUACUAUCCGCAAAAAGUUGUAGGCUAUGCCAACUUUUAUACCGCGCAGAACCACUACUAUUUCAGUCACGGAUCGCUUCUUGCCAAGGCUUUUUAUUGCCUAAUUAACUCGAAGUUGAUGGGGAAACAGUUCUCAUUUAUUACUCAUGUACUAGGGCAAAUCCAAAACAAGAGGGUUUUUUGUAGAUAUUCUCGCUUUUUUGUUUUGUGUUUUGUUUGUUUCAUUUGUGAUUUGGUUUGUGGGUUGUUUUGUUGCUGUUGUUGAUUUUGUUUGUUUGUUUUGUGGGCUUUUUUUUCUUUUUGGAGUAUUCUUGUUAUUUGUUUGUUAAUUUAUAAAGCUGGUUUUUUUCCUUCUUUUUCUUUUGGAGGCUACAGUGUUGGUUGUUCUUUUUCCCUGAGUUUCGCAAAACUUUAUUAUAUCUGGAUAUUUUUGUUCGUUUGUUUUCUUUUCCUUUUUUUUAUCAUUUAUUGUAAAUGCAUUGUGAAAUAAUUUUUAUUUAGGCGUUACGAGGAAAUUCAGAUUGUGUAUAUAGUUUACUAAAAAAGACUUUCUGCUAAACAGAAAUCCUAAGGAUGCAUUUAAUUUUGAGUUAAAUAAAUUUCAAAGCGAAAAAGGCCACUUUUUUUUUUAAGUUUGGU